CUUUGUCAUCGUGGUAACAACUAUUGAUCUCUUUACGCUUUGAAGGAACAUUGAAAAAUGGUGCCCAGGAUGCCGAGCUGAACGCCUAUGAAAUCUACUGUAUACUUUACAGCUUAUUUUUGGACACAAGUUGAUUGUUACAAUUAUUUUUUUUAUGUCCAUUUAAUUUCCGGUAUUUACCUGGGACAGGUAUAACAUCUCGUCUAUGGCUGCAGAGGACCUGAAAUAAUCACAGUAAUUAAAUCACGGCCGAAAUUACUAUUAUUAACCCCCGCCUUGUUUCAGCUGCUCCAUUUCUGUCCUUGCCGAGCGAUUAAUUUUUACGAGUUUUUUACACACAUCAUACCGCAAUAUCGUGGUGUCAGUCAAGUCUUGGAGAACACGCCUCAGUUUGGCUGGAUUCCAUCGUCUUUAGAUCCACCUAUUCUCCCAGUAUAAAUAGAGCUCCAUGGACCGUCAGACCUCAGAGUCUACUGCAGCCUUCUCAAGCUUUUCUUCAGCCCAUCCUUUUUAGGAACCUACAAACCCCCAACCACAGAAAUGGAAGGAGCACCAAACCCCUCCAAGAAGCCCUCCAGCAGCAACCAGAGCUCAAACUCAUGGAGUUCAGGAAGCCAAGGAAGCUCUUCCCAGACCAGUGGACGACAGAACCAAGGCAGUUCUUCCCAAAGCCUGACCGGUGGUCAACAGAACCAAGGCAGUUCUUCCCAAAGCCAGACCAGUGGUCAACAGAACCAAGGCAGCUAUUCCCAAAGCCAGACCAGUGGUCAACAGAACCAAGGCAGUGCUUCCCAAAGCCAGACCAGUGGUCAACAGAACCAAGGCAGUGCUUCCCAAAGCCAGACUAGUGGUCAACAGAACCAAGGCAGCUAUUCCCAAGAUAAGACCAGUGGUCAACAGAACCAGGGCAGUUCUUCCCAAAGCCAGACCGGUGGUCAACAGAACCAAGGAAGCUAUUCCCAAGGUCAGACCAGUGGUCAACAGAACCAGGGCAGCUAUUCCCAAGGCCAGACCAGUGGUCAAACCAGUGGAUCCCAGCAAGGACAAAAUCAGAGCAGUGCCCAGCAGGCUGGUGGAUUCCAGCAGGGAAAGAAUCAAGGUAUCGGCCCACAGGGUGUGGGAUACCAAGGGGGUAGCCAGCAAGGUAGUGGAUCUCAACAAAGUCAGAGCAGCAGUCAGCAGGGCAGUAGCCAGAGCAGUGGCCAGCAGGGAGCUACAUAUCAAGGACGUAGUCAGAGCGGUAGCCAGCAGGGCAGUAGCCAAACCAGUAGCCAGAACAGUAGCCAGCAAGGAAGUGCAACUCAAGGACAAAGUGUGAGCGUCAGCCAGCAGGGAGGCACAUAUCAGCAAGGACAAAGUCAGGGCAGUAGCCAGCAGGGCAGUGGAUCUCAAGGACAAAGUCAAGGAAGUAGCCAGCAGGGUAGUUCACACCAUCAAGGACAGAGCCAGGGUAGUAGCCAGCAGGGAAGUGGAUCUCAACAAGGACAGAGUCAGGGUAGUAGCCAGCAGGGAAGUGGAUAUCUUCAAGGAAAGGAUACAACCAGUGGAAUACAGAUCCAAGGGGGCAGCAGCCAAACUGGAGGUAGUGGACAGUCUUCUACCACAUCCUCUACUUCAUCCUCUUCCUACUUUAGUCAAGGAAAAGAUAAGCACUAGACUUGUGCUAAAGAGUCCGAUAUCUCUGAAUACCUAUAUAUACCCAAUGAUACCUCCCGUUCCUUUAUCUUCUGAAAUGUAUCUGUUUCCAAAGCAUAAUAAUAAAAUUCUAUUGUGAUUACAGCAACUAAA